CGUGCAUCGUGAAUGAUGGCGGACAGAAGACUCCAAACACUUCUCGGUCAUCUGCGACCAGACCAUAGCCCAGUUCCAGCUGCCGUCUCAGCCUCAACCUACCGCUACACAGUGUCUUGCGGCAGAGUCUUGAGCGAAGAGCAGCGAGCUGCGUACGAGAGAGAUGGGUUUCUAGUGGUGCCUGGUCUGGUGUCCAGAGCCGACCUCCAUACCUAUACUGAGAGGUUUAGAGACCUCUGCACCGGUUUAGAUAAGACUCCUGGCCUCACCAUUAUGAAGGACGUCAGCAUCGCCAAAUCAGAGUUCAGCAAAGACGAGAGGGCCAUUACCAAACUCCAGAACUUUCAGCAUGAUCCUGUCCUAAGCAGGUAUUUCUGUCUGCCAGCUAUUCUGAGGUAUGUGGAGUGCUUCACUGGUCCCGACAUCAUGGCCAUGCACACAAUGCUGAUCAACAAACCUCCAGACCCUGGCCAGCUCUCCUCGCGCCACCCGAUGCACCAAGACCUUCACUACUUCCCUUUCCGACCUGCGGACCGCAUCGUAUGCUCCUGGACUGCAAUGGAACAUGUUCACCGUGGGAAUGGGUGUCUGGUAGUGUUGCCAGGCACCCACAAAGGGAGUCUGCAGCCUCACGAGUACCCCAAAUGGGAGGGCGGUGUGAACAAGAUGUACCAUGGUAUUCAGAACUACGACCACUCAAUGCCGCGGCAACACCUGGAGAUGCAGGCUGGAGACACAGUCUUCUUCCACCCUCUACUCAUCCAUGGCUCUGGCACAAACAGAACCUCUGGCUUCAGAAAGGCGAUUUCCUGCCACUUUGCCAGCAGUCACUGUCAGUAUAUUGAUGUUGAGGGGACUUCGCAGCAGAACAUUGCUGAUGAGAUUGUGGAGCUGGCCCACAAGAGACUUGGACCAGACGUCAAAUUUACCUUUCAGGUUACUAUGGAGUGUGACCAUCGGACAUUGUUAACUCUCAUAUUGCUCUGCAGGAUACCUGGAAGAUAAGGGGAGUGUGUGUCCAGGGAGAGAGGGACACUCUGUAGCUAUAUAGCUGCUUUUGUGUAUUAUUAUAUAAAACUGUGUGCACCCUGAGAGUUGCAUUUGCUGUUUGUACUGGUGUCUUGUGUCUUGUCCAAAAAUGGUUUUCCACGCACAAAGGCUGGUGGCCCAUCGUUCUUUUUUUCGAUGUCUGCUUCAAAUUCUGAGCAUUUGCUGUCAAUUUUUUGCUUCCACUUUUACACUUAUACUGUAUAACAAGGUUG